GAGCCGAAGACCACAGCUCACCUCGGACGGCGCCCUAGGGCCACCACACAGAGGGUCGGGCAGUGCCAGAGGGAGGUUGCAAGCGCCGCCACCAACUCGACAGCGCGUCCCAGCGCCUUGAGCUCGCUUCCUCCUGCUCUCAGGAAAAACUGAGGAAACGCGCCUGGUUCCAGGGGUCGGCGGGGACCGUGGAGACUCUGCUAGCAUCCUCAACAGCUUGGAAAUCCCAUCACCUUGGUUCCCUGAGACUUGGAGGAGUAGUAGGAACUGACAGCUGGCUGACAGAAAACUCAUCCAGGGAGAGAAGAGACAAAAGUGAAGUAUGAAAUUUUGAAUAAUGUUUUCAGAUGCUUUGCAUUCAGAAUAGACCUCUGAGUUGGGACCCAAGCUGUCAACUGAUCCCAGAUUCCUAAGUUCCUGACUUGCAGGUAUUAAUUUCUAACCUCUGAAGAUGGAUGAAGGUAUGGAAAUUUCAAGUGAAGGAAAUUCCUUGAUCAAAGCAGUCCAUCAGAGCCGGCUUCGCCUCACAAGACUUUUGCUAGAAGGCGGUGCCUACAUUAAUGAGAGCAACGACCGUGGGGAAACCCCUUUAAUGAUCGCUUGUAAGACCAAACAUGUGGAUCACCAGAGUGUCAGUAAAGCCAAAAUGGUGAAAUACCUGUUAGAGAACAAUGCUGAUCCCAACAUACAGGACAAAUCUGGGAAAACGGCUUUGAUGCAUGCUUGCUUAGAAAAAGCUGGCCCUGAAGUUGUUUCCUUGCUCCUCAAGAGUGGGGCUGACCUCAGCUUGCAAGACCAUGCUAGUUACUCAGCUCUUGUUUAUGCUAUAAAUUCAGAAGAUACGGAGACCCUGAAAGUUCUUCUUAGUGCUUGCAAGGCAAAAGGGAAAGAGGUCAUCAUCAUCACAACAGCAAAGUCGCCCUGUGGGAAGCAUACUACUAAACAGUACUUAAAUAUGCCUCCUGUGGAUAUAGAUGGGUGUCAUUCCCCAGCUACCUGCACCACUCCUUCAGAAAUAGACAUCAAAACUGCCUCAUCACCACUUUCACAUUCUUCUGAAACAGAACUGACACUUUUUGGUUUUAAAGAUCUUGAGCUCACUGGAAGCAAUGAUGAUACCUGGGACCCAGGUUCCCCUGUGAGGAAACCUGCUCUGGCCCCUAAGGGGCCCAAGCUCUCCCCGGCUCCACCCUGGAUCAAGAGUCCCCCAUCAUUAAUGCACCAGAACAGAGUGGCUUCAUUGCAAGAGGAGCUCCAGGAUAUUACACCAGAGGAAGAACUAUCCUAUAAAACCAAUGGGCUGGCACUUUCCAAGCGGUUCAUCACUAGGCACCAAAGCAUUGAUGUAAAAGACACUGCACAUUUGCUAAGAGCCUUUGAUCAGGCCAGCUCAAGGAAGAUGUCAUAUGAUGAAAUAAAUUAUCAAUCUUGUCUUUCAGAAGGAAAUCAGCAAUGCAUUGAAGUCCCUGCUGACCAGGACCCAGAUUCUAACCAGACAAUAUUUACUUCCACCUUAAGAAGUAUAGUUCAAAAAAGAAACUUGGGGGCAAAUCACUACAGCUCUGAUUCCCAGCUCUCAGCUGGCCUUACCCCUCCAAAUUUAGAAGAUGGCAAAGCACUUGUAGGAAAGAAAAAGAUCCUCUCACCAUCUCCUUCCCAAUUGUCAGAGUCCAAAGAAUUGUUGGAGAAUAUCCCCCCAGGUCCCCUGAGCAGGAGAAAUCAUGCCAUUUUAGAAAGGCGAGGUUCAGGAGCUUUCCCUUUAGAUCACAGUGUCACCCAAACCAGACAAGGGUUUCUCCCACCCUUAAAUGUAAAUUCUCACCCUCCCAUCUCAGAUAUCAAUGUCAACAACAAGAUUUGCAGCCUUCUUUCUUGUGGUCAAAAAGUGCUUAUGCCAACAGUUCCGAUUUUCCCUAAAGAAUUCAAAAGUAAGAAAAUGUUGUUAAGGAGACAAUCGUUGCAAACUGAACAAAUUAAGCAAUUAGUAAACUUUUAGGAGAUGGGUAUAAAACACACUUUCUUCAAAUGUUUCUAUCAGAGAAACAGAACUAAAGAAGAAAUCUUAAAUGUUCAUUCUUUUAAAUCUCGUAAUUGGUUAGUCCAUAAUGGCUAGACGGAUUAAAGUGUAAUGUGAUUUGUACUAGGCAUCAUGAACAUAAAAAAUAAUAUGUAGUUUCUGUUAAGGGAAUUCUCUCAAACGAAAGCAAAGCUGUUUUUCCCAAUGCUUCUAAUAUUUAACAAUCUCAAUGUAGUCCAAAUUUGUCAUUAAAAAAAAAAAAUCAGCAAAGAAAGAAGGCCACAUAUGUUGGGGUAAUUUUUUAAAAUUUUCAGAUUGGCUAAAUAUUUUAUUAGGAAACAGUUUUCAAGUCAAUAAUUUUUUAACAUUUCAUGUUAAUAAAUGAGAUUGCAAUUUUUUAUGAUCCCCAAACCAUAAAAGAAAACACUGACAGCUAUAAAAUGUUCUAAGAUCAAUAAAUUCGAGCAACAAAGAAAGAAUGAACUAAUUCUUUACACAUGGUGACUGAAGGUAGAUAAAACUCUACUUAAAAAUUUAAAAGGUUAAACACUGUAUUAGAAUGGGCAACUAAAAUAUUCGUGGUGUCAAUUUAAUCAGUGUCAAACUGGCAAGCCAGAGUUUUACAACCUACUAGGAAUCUAUGCUGAGUCUUGUU